AUGGACGACAACUCACGCGUUGUGGCGCGACUGCCAUUCACCUUUGCUGGCCCCGCGAAACUAGCCACGGCCUCGGAGGUGGCGACGAUCCAAUAUUUGCAAAGGAAGACCAGUAUUCCGAUCCCUAAAAUCCUCGACUGGAGUGACGAUGCAGGGAAUAGUGUUGGAAGUAAAUACAUCAUCAUGGAACACGCAGCUGGUGUUCCACUACAGCAAAAAUGGCCCUACCUGUCGGGGGAGCAGAAACAUACGGAUCUCUCUAUCUUUCCACUACCCAACUGGGGUCUCUCUCUGGGCUACCGCUCGAUGGCGAAUUCUGCAUUGGGCCUCACUGUGGAACCAGAUAUUGGGAUGUUGGUGAGUGAAGAUACUACCAGCAUGCACCUCCUAACCGAGGCCCAUUCAUCCAGCAUAGAGCCGGCUUUCUGGUAUGCAGAUGAAGUUCCGGACUUCGCAGCCUAUGCACCUUCCUCGACAUCAUCUACUCAGGAAGUAGUUGGCAGCGAGCUUUGUGCAAAAACAUACGACGCCUGUACUCAAUUUCUUAUGCCAAAAGUUGCUCAACCUAGGUUAAUGGAUGAGAGCAUGUUUCGCCCUUUUCAAGUGGGAGAAAAUUGGAAUUGCUGGCUCGUGUCCAUUCGCGUACCGACAACACAAGAAAUCGUUCUGCGACAGAAAGAGUACAGGCGUUUUGAGGUCGCCCAGCAUCUAAAGCGUGAUUUGUCAGGCUUGCUUGACUGUGCAACUGAUGGAUGGGUUCCUCCAGAGAACUUGGAAACAGCAAAGAGAGAAAACGAGGCAAUGUUCCAGGGAAUGCUGAACGCCGUGCUCAUAAACGAAGAUACAGAGGAAGACGAGCCGGUAAGGGAUGAAAGGGACCUGAGACAUUUGGCCCUUCGAUCUGCCAAAUGA